CAACAACUGCGGUGUUUUAUUGAGCAAUAAAUAGUUGGCAGGAAAAAAAACUUAAGCAAUAAUGAUUUGUCUACUCUAGUUUGGAAGCCAAUAAAAGCCUCUAGUUUGGAAGAGACUUGCUAGUUGUUGUCAAUGGCCAAACUAAGAAGCAUUGUCUUCCUCUUUAUCUCAUGUAUCUGCAUGCAUUCCCUUUCUUCUUCUCAUGCACAAACACAUAAUGUUACAGUACUCAAGCAAGACCAACACCUAAGCGACCAGGCUGGUGAUUAUCUUGUUUCCGAAAACGGUUUGUUCAAAUUAGGCUUCUUCAGUCCCGGCAACUCGAGCAUUUUCGGUGCUACGAGUAAUCGUUACUUGGGAAUAUGGUACAACAAACUACCAAAUGAUCCAGAUGCAGUGUGGGUAGCCAAUCCAGAAACUCCUGUCAUGGAUACAUCAGGUGUUUUUGCUUUGGCUAGUGAUGCAACAUUGGAGCUCAUUCAUGGUGGAGGCAAUAUAUCUAUCUCUGAUCCCAAGAAAACAAUUUCUGGUAAUGUGACUCUCUCCUUAUUAGAUACUGGAAAUUUGGUCUUGAGAGAAGUAGCUACCAAUGGAACAGUUGAUAAUAUUUUAUGGGAAAGCUUUGACCAUCCAACCAACACAUUGUUACCUGGAAUGAAAUUGGGCAUGAAUGUUGAGGCUGGAAAGAAUUGGACCAUUUCUUCCUGGUUCAGCGAUCUUAUACCUGCACGAGGUGCUUUCAGGCUUGGCAUUGAUCCUGGUAACACCAACCAACUGAUCAUCUGGCGGCGAGAUGAAGUAUACUGGAGCAGUGGGGUCUGGGAAAAUGGAUCUUUUCAAAAUGCUCCUGAAAUGACAAGAAGGGUUGAUCUAUUUGAGUUCAGUUUUGUAUCAAACAAGGAAGAUAAGUACUUUUCUUAUGCUGUCAAAAACAGGUCUACUAUUUCAAGGUGGGAACUGAAUGGUUGGGGCCAAAUCAUGCAGUCCAUCUUAACCGUCAAUGGUACAACUUGGGAAAGCACAGAAGUUAGUCCAUGCACAUUCGACUUGAAUAAUCCGGGAGCCCUGUGCAUAGAGGAGAAGCCUUCUGAAUGCAGGAAUGGCUCAGAUGGACUUGUACCAGUAAGAGGCUAUUUCGAUGGAACUGAAAUUCUAAGUCAUGAUAACAACACUAACAUGACUAUUAGUGAUUGCCAUGCCACUUGCUGGAGUGAUUGCUCCUGUAUCGGCUACAAAAGUAUUUACUCCAAUGGGACUGGGUGUGUGUUUAUGAGUGGAACAGCGAAAUUUAUCCCGAAUGAUUACUUUGAUGCUACUUAUGUCCUUAACAUAUUAAACAAUAGCAAAGAUGGUUCACCUGCAGAAGGAAGCAAACCAAGCAAUGAUAUAAAGAAAAAAUGGUGGUUAUGGUGCAUCAUGAGUGUUAUAUUUGUCGUGGCAUUGGUAUCAUGUUACUUAUGCUACAUAAAGAAAAGAAAACCAAGACUCAUGAAACAGAUUCGCCAAGAGCAAGGAUUAGAUGAGUUGAGAUCUCAAAUUACCAGAUUCAGCGGUAUAUACAAGCUCAAAAUAGGUGAAAGAAUAGGUCAGAACUUUCGGAUGUUCAGCUUUUCAGAAGUAUUGGCUGCAACAGAAAACUUCUCAGCUGCCUGCAGGCUAGGACAGGGUGGUUUUGGACCUGUUUACAAGGGGGUACUACCAGAUGGGGAACAAGUAGGAGUAAAGAGACUAGCGAGAAGUUCAGGACAAGGACUCGAAGAAUUCAUGAAUGAGAUUACACUUAUAGCUGAACUUCAACAUAGUAAUCUUGUUAGGCUAUUGGGUUGUUGCAUUCAAGGAGAAGAAAAGAUUCUGAUUUAUGAGUUUAUGGCGAAUAAGAGCUUGGAUGCCUUCCUAUUUGACUCCGAUAGAAGGAAGCAGUUGGACUGGCAAAGACGGGUACACAUCAUUGAAGGAAUUGCACAAGGACUUCUCUAUCUUCAUAAGCAUUCUAGAGUUAGAGUCAUACACAGAGAUCUGAAAGCUAGUAACAUUCUACUUGAUGAAAAUAUGAAACCUAAGAUAUCAGACUUUGGAAUGGCGAGGAUUUUCGGACAGAAUGAAUCAAUGGCAAAUACAGUUAGAGUUGUAGGAACAUACGGUUACAUGUCACCAGAGUAUGCCAUGAGGGGAAUUUUCUCUGAGAAGUCUGAUGUUUACAGCUUUGGAGUUCUACUGUUGGAGAUUAUAAGUGGCAAAAAGAACACUUCUUAUCUUUCAUCUACCGGUCUCUGCCUUAUUGAACUCGCCUGGGAAUUGUGGAAGCAAGGCCAUACUCUGGAGAUAAAGGACACAUCACUUGACUCAGGUUCCGAAGAGGAGGUUUUAAAAUUUAUUCAAGUAGGUCUCUUAUGUGUUCAAGAGUAUGCAGAAGAUAGAGCUAGCAUGUCAGAAGUAAUAUCAAUGCUUACAAGUGAUGUCACACAUUUGCCGGAUCCAAAGCAACCUGCUUACACUAUUUCAAGAAGUGGAGCUACGUCAACUACAUUACCUGAUAGUGGUUGUACUACAGGUUCAGUAAAUAAUGAAACGAUAACUGUGAUGGAAGGUAGAUAA